GUUUCUGUUUCUGUGGGAAGUCUUGAUUGAGGAGGCAUCUGUCUUUAGGAGGCAGUUACUUAUUAUAUUUUAGUCACGAUUCAUUUCAUGUCGUGGGGCUCGUCUGAACAGCAGUGCACACUCACAGUCUGUAACUUUCUCUCAGGGAAACCAGCGGGAUUAUUCACAUUACUCUCCACAACGCACAGAACCGAGCGACUGCGAGUUGCAGUGUUGAGAGAAGUGUCUCCACGCGGUGAAGUAGAAGAGCAGGCAGCAGCAGCAGUGUGGACUUUCUGCUUCUAGUGCGCAGCUGGAUGCAUUUUUGGUCGUGGGAGACACUUGAUAUUUUCUCGGAUACGCCCACCCAAAGAUUUAAAAUGAGCAAGAGAUGGAGGUUCAGUGUCUUGCAGGAGGACACCAAAACGCGAUGCGCGGGUGUUAAUGGAGACUCCUGCUGGGAUCAAACCAGCAACCUUUCAGUCGCGACACGGCUCUCCAGCCAAUAGACUGCUCAGCCAUCCCGAGUCCUCCCACUAAAACAACCUGUACCACAUUUACAGUAUGGAUUACUGGACGUUUCACCUCGUGCAAAUCCAUUUAACAACUUUUCUGGAGACUUUGAUUUAAUUUGAUCGAAAUUGUUAUAGAUGUUUCUUAAUAUGACGUUCGUCUUUACAUGUAUUCAAGCCGUAUAUUCGGUGGCUUAGUGUUAAUUUCUACACGUUUCUAUUAAGAAUCCUGACCCUACAAAUACUUAAAAGAGUUGCAACCUAAAUCUCGUCGGUUCUCAUGGGACUGAGGCAUUCGUCGCGUUGUUUGCUGCUACGGCGGAAGAUGGCGGAGGCGGACAGCUCGGAGCAGCAACAGCCUGUCACAUCCCCCCUCUCUCAGUCUGCCCAGCCCUCUCCACUGCCUAAACCAGUGCCUACUUCCCACUAUGUGCCCCGUGUCCCCCAUACGCCCCAUGUAGCAGCCCUGGCCACCUGUCCUGGUCCAGGCAAGAUUGCCAAGUUCAUCAGCCCAGAGGAAAUGACAUCCCGGGACUACUAUUUUGACUCUUAUGCCCACUUUGGCAUCCACGAGGAGAUGCUGAAAGAUGAGGUGCGGACGCUGACCUACCGGAACGCCAUGUACCACAACAAACAUGUGUUCAAGGAUAAAAUCGUCCUGGAUGUUGGUAGUGGCACAGGGAUCCUUUCUAUGUUUGCUGCCAAUGCUGGCGCCAAACACGUGUACGGGAUUGAAUGCUCAAGUAUAUCUGAAUAUUCAGAGAAGAUUAUCAAAUCUAACCACCUACACAAUGUCAUUACCAUCUUCAAGGGCAAGGUGGAGGAGGUGGAGCUGCCUGUGGAGAAGGUGGACAUUAUCAUCUCAGAGUGGAUGGGUUACUGCCUUUUCUACGAGUCCAUGCUCAACACUGUCAUCUUUGCCAGGGACAAGUGGCUGAAACCUGGAGGCCUGAUGUUCCCUGACAGAGCUGCUCUCUACGUGGUAGCCAUUGAAGACAGGCAGUACAAGGACUUCAAGAUUCAUUGGUGGGAAAACGUGUAUGGGUUCGACAUGAGCUGCAUUCGCAACGUGGCCAUCAAAGAACCCCUGGUGGAUGUGGUAGAUCCCAAGCAGGUGGUGACUAAUGCCUGCCUCCUAAAGGAAGUGGACAUUUACACUGUGAAGCCUGAGGACCUGUCCUUCACCUCAGCCUUUUGUCUGCAGAUUCAACGCAAUGACUAUGUCCAUGCUCUUGUCACCUAUUUCAACAUCGAGUUCACCAAGUGUCACAAGAAGACUGGCUUUUCUACUGCUCCAGAUGCUCCCAGCACACACUGGAAGCAGACGGUUUUUUAUUUAGAGGACUAUCUAACUGUCAAGAAGGGAGAAGAGAUCUUUGGCAGUAUUGCUGUACGGCCCAAUGAGAAGAAUGUGCGUGACCUGGAGUUCACCCUCGAGCUAGACUUUAAAGGACAACUAUGUGAGGCUGCCAUCUCACAUGACUAUAAAAUGCGUUAGGGACAACAAGGCCCUGGUGUGGACCUACCCUCAGCCCCUUUGGACACGUGUGGAGAGGGGGAGGGCACAGCCUCUCCCACAAGCAUUCCUCUUGGCGAGCAAGGGAAAACAGAUGUAUCUGAUUGGAUGCUAUCAUCCAAGCACCUAUGAGAUGUCAUCAGAAUAGAUGAAUAUCUAUCAGCAAUAGUGCCAUGUGUACCAACGUGAUCGAACCAGGCACAUCUUUGAAUGUAACACCCUCAAUGCACUUCUUUUCUCAUUUUCUUCUCACCAGUUUCUGGGAAUGUAAUGAUUUAUAGUCUUUAUAUUGUUAGUGCACCUAACUGGAGAGCAUUGAUCUGUGUGCUGUCGACAUGGUUACAGUACCAUCAUCUCCACUUUUUCCUUUAGUCAUUUGUUAAAAUUUAGUAUGCAGUGUAUAAUUGCAGAGAAGGUACAGUAACCUGUUGUGUUUUUAUUUCAUUAUUUAUUUGCAUGUGAAAGGUUUUUGCUUCAUUAAUUGUAGAAAGAUGAAAUGAAGUCUUACUGUAUUUAACAACUGUACUUCGGUGCCAGCCUCAGAACAGCAACAAACUGAUGCAAUAUGUCACGACCAGCUUUAUUUUGGAGAUCAGAAGAACAAAGAAUAUGAAAAAGUUGA